GACGUGCUGGGAGCACUGGCACGGCCAGCGGGGUGAGCCCGGCUGGGAAACGCCACCAGCUCCGCUGCGUGUGCCAGCCGCAGCUCUCCCUCCCGGCGGUGCCAGGCGCCGGCCGGCUCCGCGGCGAGAGCGCUGCCAGCCCAGCUGCGCUCCAGGGGUUGCAGGGAUUAGGGAUUAGGGCUGGGACCGGCUCAUCCAUCGCACCGGGACAGGGAUGGGGAUGCGCUGGGCGGUGGCUUUGCAAGCCCUGGGGUGGGGACGGUGCCUGGAGCCCCCCAGCAUCCCCCGGCUUGCGGUGCGGUGCCAGCACUGGCUCUCUCCACCUUAAGAAACCCGUCCCUCCCCGCUACCUUCACACCCUCCGCUCCGCUUCCCCCCCGCAGCAGCCACCGUAUAAUAUUUUUAUCUGUCAGCCAGGUUUCCUGUUUGCAAUCCUUACGCUUAUGGGUGCUGAGCGGCCGGGGGACGCCGGCGAGGGGGACGCCGGCCACCCACGGCUCGUCCCAUCAGAUCCUGGCCGCUCCUCAAGGAGCUGAAGUGCUGGCAAUUCUGGGAAUUGCCCCUAAAAGGCCCUUUCCAGCUCCUCUCCGCAGCUGGCCACAGGAACAGCGUUGAGGGAUUUCUCAAGAGACCUUGGGAGGAAGACUGCAAAGAGUUUUGCUUCCGAACCGCAGCCGGCCUACGGCCAAAUCCUGCCCCAGCUCCCUGGGAAACGCCGGGACUUCGAGGAAAAGCCUGGCACCGCUGGGGUUUGCUGGAGGAAGGCUGGAGCUGUGCGCGGUGGCGCUGGGGGCCUGGACCCUCGCAUGGAGAGCCACCGGUCCCGGCUGCCCCGACCGCUGCAGCACCGCUAGCCCCGUCUUACAGCUGGGGAAACUGAGGCACAGGGUGUCGGGCCCUGGUGUUUGCCUGCUGCCACGUGAGCCGGCAGCUGAAGGAAGCUGUGAUGGCUGAGGGCGGCUGGGCUGGGGUCCUGGCUGAUGGGGGGCUGGGGGCCACCCCUAAGAGCACCCAGGAUCCAACCGGCCCCGCGGGGGCUCCGGGGAGCGAGGGGCUGGCGGCCACCCUCAGCCCGGGCAACGUGGAGGACCUGUACGAGCUGCUGGAGAAGCUGGGCAGCGGGCACUUCGGCGUGGUGAAGCGAUGCCGGGAGCGAAGCAGCGGCACCUUCUACGCCGCCAAAUUCGUGAAGAUGCGGCGAUGCCGGGGCAGCCGCCUGGGGCUGGAGCAGGCGCAGGUGGAGCGGGAGGUGGCCAUCCUCCGGCAGCUCGACCACCCCAACGUCAUGCGGCUCCACGACCUCUUCGCCAGCAGAGCCGAGACGGUGCUCAUCCUGGAGCUGAUCAACGGCGGGGAGCUCUUCGACUUCAUCGCGGAGAAGGAGAUGCUGUCGGAGGAGGAGGCCAUCGAGUUCCUGGAACAGAUCCUGCGCGGGGUCGAGUACCUGCACGCUCGCCGCAUCGCCCACUUCGACCUCAAGCCCGAGAACAUCAUGCUGCAGGAGAAGAACGUCCCCAAACCCCGGAUCAAGAUCAUCGACUUCGGGCUGGCCCAGUGCCUGGAGGACGGCGUCACCUUCAAGAGCCUCUGUGGGACCCCGCAGUACAUCGCUCCCGAAGUGAUCAACUAUGAGCCGCUGAGCUCAGCGACUGACAUGUGGAGCAUCGGGGUCAUCACUUAUAUCCUGCUCAGCGGCUUGUCCCCCUUCCAGGGUGAGACAGACGCCGAGACCCUCUCCAACGUCGUGGCCGGUGCCUACGAGUUCGACGAGCAUUGCUUCAGCCAGACCUCUGAGAUGGCCAAGGACUUCAUCCGGCAGCUGCUAGUGAAGGAGCCAGAGCUCCGCAUGACAGCGACCGAGUGCCUGGUCCAUCCCUGGAUCAAGCCCCUGAGCCGGAAGCAGGCGGCAAACCGGAGCCGUUCGUCCAUCAACAUGAAGAACUUCCGCAAGUUCAAUGCUCGGAGGAAGUGGAAGCUCUCCUACAACAUGGUGUCUGCCUGCAACCGGCUCUGCCGCAUGCGGCGGCUCUGCAGCCUGCGGAAGGAAGACGAGGAGCUGCGCUGCUGCGAGAGCGACCAGGAGGAGGAGGGCAGCCACCCCGUGACACUGCUGCGCCAGCGGAGAAGCAGCUGCUCCUGACCCCCCCCCCCCAAAAGGACACCCCGAGAGGGGCCAUCCCCCCCAUCUCCCCGUCCCAGGGGGCAGAAGCACUGUUGGGCCCCAGUGCUCCCAGUUCCAUGGUGCUGGAGGGUCACUGGGGCAACAGCCCCCUGCUGCUGCCCCCCAGGUCUCUGCUGCAGCGGGGCUGGGGCUGCCCCACAGCCGGGACCCUUGCCCGUGCUCGUCCCUAGUGUGCGAAAUAAACGUCUCCCCCUCA